AUCAACCUUUUAGUGAAAAUACCAAUAAUAUUCAUCAAGAUUCAGAAAAUAAAAAUAAAUUAAAUAAUUCUUACACAAAUCAGAACAUACAGAUGGAUUAUGUCCAACCCAAUCAAGGAAUGAUUCAUAUCGAAACGUUAGAUCUCAAUAUUACUGACAGUACUGUGGCACCAGCUAAAGAAUCAUUGGACAUACAGAUGGACUAUAUCCAACCUAAUCAAGGAACGAUUCAGAUCGAAACGUUAGAUCUCAAUAUUACUGACAGUACUGUGGCACCAGAUAAAGAAUCAUUGGAUAUUCAGCCAGAUAUAUCAAACGUAACAAAUAGUGUUUCUAUCGGUUCCGCAUUAUCAAAUAUAGAAGGUGACUUUAAUGACGUUUCAUCGCCAGAAACACCUGUCGAAAAACCAAAAAGAGCUUCUAUACAAAUAAUGAAAACUGAAAUUGUACCUGUUCAGUCUAAUAUGCAAAUUGAGCAAAUCCAAGAUAUGAUUCAAAAAAAUUCAGAAAACACGAAUGAUCCUUCAUCUGACACUGAUUCUCCUUCGCAAACAUCCGAAGCAGAUGACCCUUUAAUGAUGACUCCAGCUACAACCGUUUUUGUCAAACCUAUCCAAUCGAAAAUGAAAGUUGAAAACGUGAAUAAUGAACCUCAAUUAACAUUAAAUAAACCUUUCAUAUCGACUCCGUCUGCUUAUAUUGCCGAACGUGCAUCUGCAUUUACACAGUCCGCUACUCCGACAACUACAUAUAAAAAGUCAUCCAAUAAUGCGCCAUCUUCAGUUAAAAGCAAAAUUGAUGCCGCAGAAAAGAUGACUGAUUUAAAUAAUGAAAUUACAGUGAAACCUAAAAAGGGCGUACUAAAGAAUAAAGGUGGUUCGUCUGCGCAUGUUGAUGACGGUCUGAACAAAGUGGAAUCAAAUAAUGGGGCAAAAGAGAUGAAACCACUUGUCCAAAAGAAACCUGCUCAUAGGGAUUCAGAUCAAGAACCAGUUCCUCGAAAAUCGAUCUUAAAAAACAAAAAAGCUCAGAAAACUCCACAGGAUAUUAAAAUAGCUAAUGAUCUUAUGCCACCGCUUAAUACUGUGGAAAAAUCAGAGACGCAAUAUCGAAGUCCAACUUUCAGCAUGUAUAAAAUGUAUGAUGAUUUACCUGGAGGUCGAAACAGCACAAUGCAACCCAAUGUGCCCGAACUGCCAUCAAAUAUACCGGACAACACUAAUUCAAAUGAAAAUGAUA